CAUGGGAAUAGUUGACGAACAGAUGCCGUUGUGUUUGUAUGACUUGAUUAGUAUUGCCGCUCAAUUAAUAGGCUACUUAGUGGUGGUGGCGCUCGUGAACUGGUACCUCAUAUUCCCAGCACUUGUGCUGAUUAUCCUAAUCUUGAUAAUCCGAUGGAUUUAUAUAAAAACAGCGAGAGAUUUGAAAAGAUUUGAAAACAUGGCCCGGAGUCCUAUAUAUAACCACAUGACCACCACAUUGAGUGGUUUGGCGACUAUCCGCGCGUUUGGGACACAGAAUAUGUUUAUGAAUCAGUACUACCGGUACCAGAAUGACCACACGUCCACUUACUUCAUGUGUUUCAACUCAUCCAGAGCACUCGGAAUAGUGAUGGACUACCUGUGCCUGUUAUACAUACUAUGUGUGGCUUUAUUCCUAAUGCUAUUCCCCGAGGGAGUUCCCGGCGGUAGCGCGGGUCUGGCUUUAACGAUGGCGUUGGGAGUGACGGGUAUGACUCAGUGGGGGGUCCGGCAGUCGGCCGAAGUCGAGAAUCAGAUGACAUCCGUCGAGCGGAUCGUCGAAUACAGUCGUCUCGAGUCGGAGGCGCCACUCGAGGGUCUCCGGAAACCCCCACCGGAGUGGCCAACGGAGGGGUGCAUUGAAUUGCGAGGCGUUUACAUGACAUACGAAAACUCACUGAAACCCACUUUAGUGGACUUGAAUUGCAUGAUAAGGGGUGGCGAGCGGGUGGGUAUAGUCGGUCGUACCGGUGCCGGCAAGUCGUCCGUAGUGGCGGCGCUCUUCCGGAUGCGUGAGUGCGAGGGACAGGUACUCAUCGACGGCGUCGACACCAAGAGUGUGGGUCUACACGACUUGCGCCGCAAG